AUGGAAAACGACAGCGCGCCCGCCGCUAGAACAGCAGCAGCCAUCCAGCGAUUCUACGAAGAGCGCAAUGCAGAUGAUCUCCUACAGUUUUGCUGGCGGAACCAGGAUUGUGACCGAUGUCUUGGUGCGGCUAAUUUUUGCAGCUGGUGCCCGUUCUCAUCAACCUGCGUCGCCAAUGCAUCACCUUUCCCUCUCCUAGCGCCCUUGACGAGCGAAAAGAUCUGCCCUCUCGGCCCCAAGGAGAGGUGGGAGAUACGCACCCGCCCUUUCGGAUGCAGGGUGAGCACUGCUUCGUUCUUGACCAGCCUUGUCUCGGUGAUGAGUACCAUCGCGCUAGUUUUGAUCGGAUACGCAGCUUAUCAAAUGUGGGUUGCGAAGAAGAGGGCUGAGGAGGAGCGGCAGGAACAAGAGAGAGAGGAGCAGAAUGGUCAUCAGUAUGGGAAUGGCCCAUACGGGAGCGUAGGAGGGUAUGGUGGUGCACAGUACGGGGAAGGAGGAGGAUUUGGCGAAGGAAUAGGCGGAAUGGUGGUGCCUGGGGUUAUGGGGGCUGUUGGUGGUGGUAUUUCGAACUGGAUGGGCCAAGGGCAGGGGCAAACAGGUCCAGAGACGAUCUAUGAGGAGGACGAAGCAGACGAGAACUCGCCCUUGCUAUGA